CUGCCAACCAGUCGACAUCUAAAUUAUUUUUUUUUUAUCUGAAAUUUUUACUGUGAAGCCGGUCCUUAAUUUGUUUUCUUCGCGUUGCCGCUUUUGUGUUUGCUCGAGAUCUAAAGAAAAUGAAGAGACGCGGAAAUAAUAAAGGCAAGUCCGGACUCGGCGUGCUGGAGCUGCACCAGGUGAAGCGCCUGGACCUCUCCGACCAGGUGGUCAUCGUGAAGAGGCCCAAGUACAUGCCCAACCUGCACAACCUGGUCAUGCCGCUGAUAUGCUACGAGCACGACAACCGCGUGGUGGCGGCCCGCCUCUCCAUCGAGGUCCACAAGCACGACCAGGAUGCGGCCAACUUCUUCGAGGGCGCCGAGGCGCCCUGCUUGAACAUCCCGCGCACGCUCUUCCCCAAUCGCGCUCCCGUGGACAAGAUCAUCUUCAUGCCCCGCCUCCUGCUGCCGGUGGGCUUCGACGCCGGCGGGGUGUUCGGCCCGGGGGUCAUCCCGAAGCGCUUCUAUCCCCUGGGCCUGAUGCCGCCGAAUCACAAGGGGGCGACGCCGCCCCUGUUCGUGGGUCUGCGCACCAAGGACUUCCAGAUGCCGGUCGAGGUGCAGAAGCUGCUGGAGUCGGUGCCGCCGGUCAUUACCACGGGGCUGCCCGCCACGCCGCCCAAGGUGGAGACCAAGAUCGACCUCGGCUACACCCCCAACUACAGGCCGCCGCCCGCCCCCACGGCCAGGGGGAGGGAUCGCCUCCCGGAGGGGCCCAGCCUGGAGAUGCGCAUGCUGCGCCACGACAUCACCUUGUCCAUGGUCUACACCACACCGACGGCACCCAAGCCAGCCUCAACCUAUCCCUUCCGCCAUCUGCCCGUGCAGUACAACAUCUACACACCGGAUCUGUCCAAUGUGCUGAUGAUCAUGCCGCGCGUGUCCAAGCUGACGGUGGCCAUUCUCUCGACCAUCGUGCAUCCGCACGAGCCGGCCGUGGCCAUGGCCACCAUGGGCGACGAGGUGUGCCCGGACUUCGAGCUGCCCGCGGAGGUCUUCCCCGCCUGCGAGGGCGUCAAGCGGCCCAUCUUCCUGCCCGAGCGCUUCCAGCCCAAGGGCUUCAAGGCCGGCUGCAUCUUCAAGCCGGGCAGCCUGCCGGAGUCCUUCUUCAGGGGCGGUCUCUGGAAGGCGGGCACACCGCAGCCGCAGCACAGCAACGGCAUAACCCCGCCCCUGUUCGUGGGCCAGUUCACGUCCGCCAGGGCGGCCAGUGCCUUCCUGAAGAGCAUCCAGGCGGAGGGCCGCCAGAAGGCCGACGAGGCAGCGGCGGAACCAGCCGGCUCUGGAGCCGGGUACGUCCAGUCCGUGGAGUUCAGCACCAGGAAGCUGCGCUGCCUGACCAAGGGCUUCCUGAUGCUGGAGACUGAGGACCCGGCCACGCCGCCGGGUGCCCACAGCCUGAAGAACUACCUGCAUGCCUACACUGCGGGGUGCUUUGUGAGGGUCACUCAGGAGCAGGAGCAGGAGCACGAGGAGCUUCGCUGUUGCUCCACCUGCAUGGAUCCCAGAUGCAUGAUGAACGGCACGCGCAGCCCGGAGAGCACGGAUCUGGAGGAGUACUAUGGGGAGGAGAUGGGAGGGGCACCAGGGGCAACGAUGAAGCGAUCGGACACCCCAGAUCCGCGUGCCUUGCCGGAAGUAGAACCAGAUAACACAGAAUCCUUAGAAGCUGGAUAUGUUAUAAACCGACCGGGAACCCCAUUUCCCAGUGGUACAUAUCCAGAGAGCUUUGGGGGGGAAAACGGAAUGGAAUCCCCAGCUGGAUACAUUAUAAGCCGACCGGGAACUCCAUAUCCCGGCGAUUGGCCAGGUCCAGAAGAAUCCUUUGAGAAAGCCAAGUCUGGCGAUCCCACUGCUGGAUCCACUAUGAACCGAACUGGAGUCCCAUAUCCCAGUGACUCACCACUAGAUGAUACUUUAUACCCUGGUAGAGAACCACAAGAAAACCGAAAGAAGGAACCAAAGCCCAUGGAAUCCUUGGCUGCAGCCGUUAUGAACCGACCGGGAACCCCAUUUCCCAGUGGUACAUAUCCAGAAAUGAGCUUUGGGGAGAAAAGCGGAAUGCAAUCCCCAGUUGGAUACAUUAUAAGCCGACCGGGAACUCCAUAUCCCGGCGAUUUGCCAGGUCCAGAAGAUGAUCCUUUAUACCCUGGUGAAGGGCCACAAGAAAACCGAAAGAAGGAACCAAAGCCCAUCGAAUCCUUGGCUGUACCCAUUUUGAACCGACCGGGAACCCCAUUUCCCAGUGAUUUGCAGAACAUACAAGAUCCAGAAGAAGCCUUCAAGAGGGAGAACGGAAAGAAACCGUAUGGAGCCCCAUACCUAGAUGUUAAUACAAAUCCUGGUGCCGAACCAAAAGAAUCCCUUGAGGGGGGCAAGGGAAAGGGAAUGAAACCCACCGAACCCACAGCUGGCUCCACCAAGAACCGCUCGGAGACCCCAGAUCUCAGCGACCUGUCGGACAUACAACUAGACGACAUAUACGGUGGCAUGGAGCCAGAGGAGUUCUUCGAGUGGGAGAGCCGCAAGGAGGGCAAGGAGCCCACCGAAGCCACUGGCCUGAACGAGACCGAGUCCCUGGCUAGCACCGUGGAGUUCCAGCUGAAUAUGACCUACAGCACGGGCAAGGAGACGGAAUCGGAGAUGGAGGUCUAUCCCGACGCCCCGCUGGACACCUCGCUGGGCUCCCUCGGCUCGCUGGGCUCCCUGGACGACGAGAAGUACCUGAAGUACUUCAAGAUCGACAGCGACAUCGACCUCAUUGCCGACGCAGUGGCCGACUUUGGCAAGGCCGAGAUGAAGCUGAUGUUCUGCGAGGAGGCGAUGAGCGAGGACCAUGUCGGCCAGGCGCUGGACCAGCUGCGCCAGGUGCUCGAGGAGCGCGACGAGAUACGCGACCACACCGACCAGCUGUACCUGGAGCACGCCCAGCGCAUGGAGGACGACUGCCGCCGGGCGCUGCGCAAGGUCACGCGCUGCAAGGACUGCGGCAAGUUCCACUUGGGCUAGGAUGCACCUGAUAGUCAGUAUAAUAUAGCCACCUUCUGUUUAAA